AGUUGUCGAGGCAGAGAAGGGCAUCCAAAAGGUCCUGAAGAAGAAAACACUUCAUAACUUGUCACUAUUCAUCACCAGAAAAGAUAGGCGCGGUGUCUGUGAGAAUAACGGAAACAGGUACCAGGUGUCGUGAAUUGGAAGAUUCUAAGGAAGCGUCAGACAACCCGGCCGGGUUCUGACAAAAUGGACCGGGUUUGCUAGGUCGUCUAUUCAUGAUUAGUUCGAACAGUCACCUUGGUCCAGGAGGCAUUAUGACCGUCGAGGCGACGCUUGUCGCCGCCAGGCAAGGCGAAAUAGAAACUCUGAAAGUGCAGUUCGAGGCGAAAGUGCUCAGUAGUGAGGUAAAGGACUCGCUCGGAGCGACGCCUGUGCACUAUGCGGCGCGCGCUGGGAAGCUCCAGUGCCUCCAGUUCCUGGUGGGAGAAGCAGGCUUACUGGCCAACAGCCUGGCGCACAACGGCGCGAGCCCCGCUCAUGACGCAGCCGCCACCGGGAACCUGGCGUGCCUGCAGUGGCUGCUGACUCAGGCAGGCUGCCGAGCUUCGAAUAAAGACAACUCAGGAGCCACCGUCCUACACCUGGCUUCACGCUUCAGCCAUCAUGAGGUCACAGACUGGCUACUAAAGAGUGGAGAAGGGGAUCCCAGCGUUGCCAUGGAUACAGGCGCUGUGCCUGUACACUACGCUGCUGCUAAAGGCGACUUGGCCAUGCUCAGGCUACUAUUGGGACACAGCCCAAAUGUCGUCAACUUCCAAACCAAGAACGGUGCCACACCUCUGUAUCUUGCAUGUCAGGAAGGCCAUCUAGAGGCUGUGCAGUACCUGGUGAAGGACUGUGGCGCAGAGCCGACUAUUCGAGCCAAUGAUGGAAUGACGCCUUUGCAUGCUGCCGCCCAGAUGGGACAUAACCCUGUCAUUGUUUGGCUGAGGAACUUUACAAACAUCAACUUGUCUGACCGGGACAACAACGGUGCCACUGCCAUGCACUUUUCUGCUAGCCGAGGCCAUGCCAAGGUUCUCAGCUGGCUCCUCCUCCACAGUGGUGAAAUCGUGACAGACAGCUGGGGUGGGACGCCUCUUCAUGACGCAGCGGAGAAUGGAGAGCUGGAGUGCUGUCAGAUUCUGGUGGUGAAUGGAGUGGAUCUGGGCAUUCGGGACCAGGACGGCUUUACUGCAGCAGAUCUGGCUGAAUACAACGGACAUGAGCAGUGUGCCAAGUACCUCCGUACAGUCGAAAACAUGAGUGUGGAACAUCGUGUCUUGUCGCGGGAUCCGUCAGCAGAUCUGGAGUAUAAGCAGCCUGACUCAGGCCACUCCUCUCCAAACGCAACGUUAAACACAGCAGCCCAUUUCGAUAUGGGCUCUCCGUCCAGCUCACUGUCCAACUACGACUCCUCCAACUCCAGUCAGUCCAGCACGGGGGAGAAGAAGAGCAGCUCUGCACCAUUACGAGUAACAGGGAGCUCUGAGACAGCCAUCACUGACAUGCAGACCUACAUGGACAUGCUGAACCCUGACAUCACUGUUGGGGACCAGAACACAAAGGGACCAUCGCAACCCCCGCCUCCUCCCAUGUUCCCCCCACCUCUUCCACCUGGCUCUUCACAAAUCCCUCCACCUCCACCUCCACCCACUUACCCAGCACCAGGUCUGCCCGAAAAGGAGUCUGCUGAGUUUCUGAAGGUGAAGAGCAACCUGCGUCACGUGGACAGUUACACGGCGAAAAACGAGCAACAGUUAUCAGGAGGGGAGAACCCAGACAGACUGCGGCGGGUGGACUCCAACAGGAAGUCACGAAGCUUUAGUAAGCAGCCUAGCACUGGAGACUAUUACAAGUCCCUGGGCAACGACAUCACGGACGGACAACCCGCAACAGACAUGGCACCUAAUGAGGAGGGUUCAGUGCUGUUGGAGGAGCCGGCGGACACCUCCCCUGUAGUAGAGAACGGGAUGGGAGAGAGCGAGGAGCCUCCCGCACCUCCUCCUGCACCUCCUCUACCUCCCGCCCAGACUCCACCUCCAGCACCCCCUCUGCCUUCUGAGGCCCCGACACCUCCCCAGAGCACCAGCACUCCUCCAGCGGCCUCCAGCCAGCGCCGCAUGUCCUCCUCCUCCACCAGCACCAAAUCCUUCAACAUGAUGUCUCCUACUGGUGAUAACUCGGAGCUUCUGGCUGAAAUUAAAGCCGGGAAGAGUCUGAAGCCCACGCCUCAAAGUAAAGGCUACACGACCAUCUACUCCAGCAGUGGCUCACCAGCGAAUAACGGAGAAAGUCCAGCGUCGCCGCCUCAGUCCCAGUCUGAACCCCAAUCUCGGCCCCAAUCUCAGCCGCAACCGCAGCCUCAGUCCAAUGCAGUCCGAUCGACACAACCCACAUCUGCUCCCACCUCCCCGUCUACAUCUACAAAUCCUAAAACUUUCAGCAAUUCGUCCCGGAACCUGAACACAUCACAGAGCUGUGACCAGCUACCUGUUGUGGUCAAUGGCAAUAGUGCGUCGGGUCAGUCACGCAAAUCCAGCAUGGCGGAUAUAGAGUCCCUGGUGCCCACCCAUGACGAACAAGGCAGAGCUAUUCCUGAGUGGAAGAGGCAGGUGAUGGUGAGGAAAUUGCAAGUGAAGAUGCAGGAGGAAGAGGAGAACAAGAGAAAGGCUGAGGAGGAGGCGGCCCGGCUUGCGUCCCUGCCUGCUUGGAGAAGAGACAUCAUGAAGAAAAAACUGGAUGAAGAGAAGGAGCAGAAAAGGAAAGAAGAAGAGCGGCUGAGGAUGGCAAAAGAGAACGAAGAGAAAAUGGAGCUGGAACGGCUGCGUACAUUAGGCUACGAUGAGACCAAGCUGGCGCCGUGGCAGCGGCAGGUCAUUUUAAAGAAAGGCGACAUAGCCAAACAGUAGUUUCUCCCCAUUCUUUUUCACGUGCAUCUCUCUGCCUCUAUCGAACCCACAAUCCACCAGCUGCAUUCCACAUAUUCAGCGGCUCAGCACAGAGCGUGGCUGUUUGAAUUCAUCCAGCUACAGAUUUGUACUGUUCAGGACCGUUAACGGAUCCAUAGUACAUUGUGAUAAAAAUUGUGUGAUUGUAAAAGCCUGGAAUUCAUUAGCGGUCAUCGAUUUGUAGAUUUAUUUUUUUUUUUUUAAAAGUCAGCAUGCCAGCAAUAAUAUUUCAAAAACAUACAUCAUUUCAAUGCAACUAAUUACCUUACAGUCCCACAUUUUAAAAAUCUUCAAAGUAUUUUCGUGUUGAGAAAGAGCAAUUAUUUUGUAAAAAAAAAAAAAAAAAAACACU